CAGCCUGUGUGCGUCAGUUCCUGGCGGCGGACCCGGGUAGCCAACGGCUUGUGGAGCAUCAUGCCCAAGUUUUACUGCGACUACUGUGAUACGUACCUGACCCACGAUUCUCCGUCUGUGAGGAAGACACACUGCAGUGGUCGGAAACACAAAGAGAAUGUGAAAGACUAUUACCAGAAAUGGAUGGAAGAGCAGGCCCAGAGCCUGAUCGACAAGACAACGGCUGCAUUUCAACAAGGGAAGAUCCCUCCCGCUCCAUUCUCUGCUCCUCCGCCUGCAGGGGCCAUGAUCCCACCUCCCCCCAGUCUCCCGGGCCCUCCUCGGCCUGGCAUGAUGCCUGCACCCCACAUGGGAGGCCCUCCCAUGAUGCCAAUGAUGGGCCCCCCUCCGCCUGGGAUGAUGCCUGUGGGACCAGCUUCUGCGAGAGUGAGCCCCGCCUCUGAGCGUGUAAGUCCCGCCCCGCGCCGUUGUCCCGCCCCCUAUGCCUCUGAGCCCACGCCGUCCCGCCCCUCAUCCGUGCGCCUGUGCCGCGGCGCGCGUCUCCGCCCCUCGCCGUGCGCUCUCGCCACGGGGAUCCCGGAGGGCGGCGUGCGGUCGGGGCUCUGCUCCGCGGGAUCCUGCGGCGCCGCACGGGUGGGUGGGAACGCGGCGGAACUCCGGGCGCUGAGUUAG